AUGGUCUCACCUACCCAGUUCCCUCUUACUCUUAACCUUGCCUUUGAGCUUAGACUGGCCUCACUUCUGGUUAAAAUGAACAGUGAAAUCGACCAAUUACCCCUCUGGUCAGGGAUCGACGUGGAGGCCGAACUGCGUUUUCUUGUGCUGCUCAUAUUCUCAAUCUUGGCCAAUGCAGAUGCCCUUCACUCCAAGCUCAAGAAAAUCAAGAAGGUCAAAAAGAAAUUUCGCAUCAACCUCAAGGCAGGUAAUAUCCUGAUUGCCAUGUCUAUCGGGGAGAUACUGCACUACUAUGAUGAGGUUGAAGAUUAUCACGUGGUUAUUGAUAACAGCCUGAAACGAGCCUCUUCUACUUUGCAGCAAAUCAAGGAAAUGGAAGAUCUGAAGGAUCUCACGCAAAGAUUUGAAGGGUGGAGGUUUAUGGAUUAG